AUGUCUUCUGAGUGUCCUGCAAAUUUUGUCACUUAUCGUCUGUUACCUCCCCCUGCUUUUCGCUCAUAUUGCCCACUUAACAUGUCCACAUGUAAUACCAAUCGCUCGAUUGCGAGUAUUCGCACUUCAAAACCCGCAACAACCUCGGCUCAAGACUCAGUUGCAACCACCGGAUAUGCAUCGCUAUAUCAACGUUUGAUCUUGCAGUCCAAAUGCGAACCGUCUCUUGACCAAUCAGCCGAAGAUGCUCCAAGAACAUCCGAACCUCUCUCAAUUCACACGGCAAAACCUGUUGAUCUGAGUCACACUUGA